GGAGCGGCCAGGACCCCGUCCAAUCAGCGGAGAGCGACGCUCCUGCUCGAGGAAGUGACGCUCUCGGAACCCAGCGGGGCCGGUGGGAGCGAUGCGGACGCGGGGACGCUGAGUCCCUGGUCGUGGUGCUGGGAAGAUGGAGUUUCCCGGAGGGAAUGACAAUUACCUGACCAUCACUGGGCCCUCGCAUCCCUUCCUGUCAGGGGCCGAGACAUUCCAUACUCCAAGCUUGGGUGAUGAGGAAUUUGAAAUCCCACCUAUCUCCUUGGAUUCCGAUCCCUCUCUGGCUGUCUCAGAUGUGGUUGGCCACUUUGAUGACCUGGCAGACCCCUCCUCUUCACAGGACGGCAGCUUUGCAGCUCAGUAUGGAGUUCAGACAUUGGACAUGCCUGUGGGCAUGACCCACGGCUUGAUGGAGCAGGGUGGGGGCCUCCUGAGUGGGGGCUUGACUAUGGACCUGGACCAUUCUAUAGGAACUCAGUAUAGUGCCAACCCACCUGUUACAAUUGAUGUACCAAUGACAGACAUGACAUCUGGCUUAAUGGGACAUAGCCAGUUGACCACUAUUGAUCAGUCAGAACUGAGUUCUCAGCUUGGUUUGAGUUUAGGAGGUAGCACCAUCUUGCCACCUGCCCAGUCACCUGAGGAUCGUCUUUCGACUACUCCUUCACCUACCAAUUCACUUCAUGAGGAUGGUGUCGAAGACUUCCGGAGGCAACUUCCCAGUCAGAAGACAGUGGUAGUGGAAACAGGGAAAAAGCAAAAGGCUCCCAAGAAGAGAAAAAAGAAAGACCCUAAUGAACCUCAGAAGCCAGUCUCUGCCUAUGCAUUAUUCUUUCGUGAUACUCAGGCUGCCAUCAAGGGCCAGAACCCUAAUGCUACCUUUGGUGAGGUUUCGAAGAUUGUGGCUUCCAUGUGGGACAGUCUUGGAGAAGAGCAAAAACAGGUGUAUAAGCGGAAAACUGAAGCUGCCAAGAAAGAGUAUCUCAAGGCACUUGCUGCUUAUAAAGACAACCAAGAGUGUCAGGCUACUGUGGAAACAGUGGAAUUAGAUCCCGUCCCACAGUCACAGACUCCUUCACCACCUCCUGUGACUACUGCUGACCCAGCGUCUCCAGCACCAGCCUCAACGGAGUCACCUGCUUUGUCCCCUUGCAUUGUAGUCAAUUCCACACUUUCAUCCUAUGUGGCAAACCAGGCAUCCUCAGGGGCUGGAGGUCAGCCCAAUAUUACCAAAUUGAUUAUUACCAAACAAAUGUUGCCCUCUUCUAUUACCAUGUCUCAAGGAGGAAUGGUUACUGUUAUCCCAGCUACAGUGGUUACCUCCCGUGGGCUCCAAUUAGGCCAGACAAGUACAGCUACUAUUCAGCCCAGCCAACAGGCCCAGAUUGUCACUCGGUCAGUGUUGCAGGCAGCAGCUGCUGCUGCUGCUUCUAUGCAACUGCCUCCACCUCGACUACAGCCACCUCCAUUGCAACAGAUGCCUCAGCCCCCAACUCAACAGCAAGUCACCAUUCUGCAGCAACCUCCUCCACUUCAGGCCAUGCAACAACCUCCACCUCAGAAAGUUAGGAUAAAUUUACAACAGCAGCCACCACCUUUGCAGAGUAAGGUUGUGCCUCCACCCACUCUGAAAAUGCAGACUGCCCUGAUCCCUCCAGCUGUGGAAAGCAGCCCUGAGCAGCCUGUGAACUGCAGCCCCGAGGCCCACACAGCGGAGGCAACCUCUCCUGAGACAAUCUGUGAAAUGAUCACAGAUGUAGUUCCUGAGGUGGAGUCUCCUUCUCAGAUGGAUGUUGAGUUAGUGAGUGGAUCCCCUGUGACACUGUCACCUCAGCCUCGAUGUGUGAGGUCUGGUUGUGAGAACCCUCCUGUUAUCAGUAAGGAUUGGGACAACGAAUACUGCAGCAAUGAGUGUGUGGUGAAACACUGCAGGGAUGUAUUCUUGGCCUGGGUGGCCUCCAGAAAUCCAAACUCUGUGGUGUUUGUGAAGUAGCCUUUCUGUUUCUCCAAGCCUUGAAGAUUCAUCUGCGGGACACAAGUCCGAGAGCCUGUAUCUGAAACACAAGCUGGGCCUCUUCUGGUAGUGCCUGACCUUUGCACCCAUAGUCCUUCAUGUCCCAUCUUUUCUUCCUUCAGCAGAGGCCAGACUGUAGCAGGGCCAGUGAAUUUACUGUAACUUGGAAUUGUUUUUCACUCUUGACUACAAGCAAAAUUACCAGGCUAUCUAUAGCACAGGGAAGGGUGAAGGGAAAAUGGAAGCAAACCAUAGAGGGUUAUUAGAAGAAAUGUGUCGGUAAAAUUUUCAUAGGACUUGUUUAAAGAUGUUCCUGGUGAAGUGCUUAGCUCUGUCCCUAGGAGGAGAACAGCACUGAGAUAAGAGGCUUAGGGUUACAGCUCAGUGUAAGGUGCAUUGGGUUUAAAUCCCAAAUUAAAGAGGAAUGAAAACACUGACUUAAAAUACCCCCUUUAAAAAGGGAACUUACUAUUAUUAAUCUACACAGUGCUUUAAGAACAAAGGUUUGUUGGGCUGGGGUUAUGGCCUAGCACUAACAAAACUGAGUUCAGCCCUCAGGCAGAAAGACCAGGAGUCAAGGUCAGUUUUGGUCACUAGUGAGUUUGAGGCCAAUCCAAGCUGCAUGGGCAAAGGUGGAAGAAAGGCUUUGCACAUGUGGUGGCCCAUGCCUUUAAUCCCAGUACUCUGAUGGUGGACAUAACAGACCUUGUUCAAAAUCAGAGGCUGCGGCUGGGUAUGGUUGCACUCUCCUUUAGUCCCAGCACUUGGGAGGUAGAGGAGUUUGAAGCUAGCCAGGGUUACAUAGUGAGAUCCUGUCUUAAGGUCCCUUCCCCAUCUCACUCACUCAUUCACUCACACACACACAGUCUCUCUCUCUCAGCACAUUGGGCUGGAGGGGAAAUGACAUCAUUCAAGAACUGUUGUUUUUAUAUUUGUUUGUUUCUCCAGACAGGGUUUCCCUAUGUAAUAGUCCUAGCUAUCCUGGAACUAGCUCUGUAGACCAGGCUGGCCUUGAAACUCAAGAGAUCUGUCUGCUUCUGCCUCCCAAGUGAUGGGACUUAAAGGCGUGAGCUGCCGCCACCUAGCUGGAUUAUUGUUUUUUUUCCUCUACAUGUAUUUUGGCAGUCAGAACUUACUUUACCUGAUUUGAUUACCAGUUUUGCAUGUAAGAGGCAGAACUCUAUCUUUAAUGAGAGGUUUUACAAAGUAAAGAAGUUGUGUGUGAUGAAA